AACAGACAAGAAGAAUGAGAACAAAUCAGUGGCAGUGGAAGACUUUUUGCCUGCAGAAGCUGCUGUUGAUGCUAUCAAGUAUUCCAUGGAUUUGUAUGCUUCUUACAUUGUGGAAAGCUUGCGGCAGUGACUAGCAGCGGAUUGGGGUUUUUGAACCUUCAGGGGGGCACCUCCUUGGCCAAGUAACUGUCUGAAUUCUUAUUCAGGUGAAAGUAUAUCAACCACUUUUGCCCUCUUAGCAAAAAACAUAUGUUUUUAAUCAAGCAGCAGUUCUGUUUUAAGUCUCCCUGGAGAGGACUCGGGUAAUCAUUUGACGCGGGAAACAAAAGACUUUAUGUUCCUCAGUAUUCUAUGACGCCCUCACUUGCGCUUCUGAACUUUUAUUUUUAAGAGACGAUGAUAGCAGAGAUAAUGUACUGUAUUAUUAAGUGAACUUAAAAAUAAGGCCAUGCUACAAGCACACCACACAUGACGCCAAAGUUUACACCGUUUAGUGUCUCAUUGGUAAUGGUUGUAUCACAAACAAAAAUGUGCGAUUAUCUCUAAGAGGGGAAGGGGAACUCAUGGAAAAUGCAGUCCGUAUGUAGUACGUUCAGAGCUUUUCUGUUAGUGACAGAGAGAUGGAAAUGGAAAACCUCUCCCGGACUCGCCUUGGCAAUGGCUUCUCUGCCAGAGCCAGAAAGAAGUCGCUCUACGAAGACGUUUUCGGAGGACCGCCGAAGACCGGCGCCGGCGCCCCUUCCCUGUCUCCCCGCCUCGAAGACUACACCGAGAUUUUCGGAGGCUUCCGCUCCUCCCGGACCUCCUCCAUCCCGGUUCUGGAUCUCCCGACGGCCGACGGCGGCGAAGACCUCAAGUCUCUCGAUGGCCGGGCCUCGCGGUUCGACUACACUCAGAUUUUCGGGCGGGUCAAUGUUGUGGAUUUUGCUAUUUCGCUCGAAGAUUUGAUGGGACUGCCUAAUGCUGGGUACAAUUCCUCAGACGAGGCAUGGAGUCCAGCUCAAAGUGAAUCUCUGUCGGAUGAUUCUGAUCCGUCUGCUUUUUCUGAUAAGUGUGAGAGUUUGGCCAAAGCUGAUUUGCUCUACCCGGUUAAUGAUGUUAAGCAGUUCAACAUUUCAUAUGCUUCAGAUGGGACUUCACACAUAGCUCGGUUACAGACUGAGCCUUCUCAAUUGCCACCACCAGCAAGACCACCACCUACCAGACCAAAUCCAACUCUCAAUCCCUUUAAGGUUGAUCUUGAUCAACCUGAAGGAGGGGAAAGCAUCACUUCUGCAGGAAAAUUUUCAGAAAGUGAACCGGAGGGAGGUUAUUCUCAAGGUACUUAUAAUAGUGUGGAAUGGAGGGAAGUAACGGGAUUCUUUGAAGUGACUGAAGCAUUCCCUCAGAAAUCACCUGAGAAAUUUAAAACUGAAAUGCAGCAGACAUCGAGGGAAGAAGAGAUGAAGAAACCAAAUAUGGCCAAAGAGGUUUUUGAGCAGAAUAUGGACACAUUCAAAACAAAACCAAAAUCAAAUCAUGGAUUAGAUAAAUUUGAAUGUAAAAGGAGAGAGGAGGAAACAGCAGAUACUGAAAAGUAUGAUGGAAGGAAAAUGCCUUCGGGUGACAAAACAUUCAACAGAAAUAUCACAAAGAACAUGCUUGUGGAGGAAAAAAGAGACGGCCAAGAGAAAUGCAUCACUGGAGGAAAAGGAAAAAAUGCCGAGCUGGUGGAGGCUCUUGAAAUAUGCAAAAACAGAAGCAGAAUUAAAGAGUCUCUUUGGGAAGAACAUGCUGAGAAGACAGUCAAAUGGGAAAGCACAAAGAAUGAUCAGAAUUUGAAGAUGCACAUUGAUCAUGACCAGACCAGCAGUGCUAUUAUGUGGGAACAUGGAAGCAAGCAAUUUCCUAGAGCUUCCCAGAAGGAUGAGCAAGAUGACGUGAGAUUAGCCCCAACUUCUAAGGUAGAAGUUGAUGACACAUCUGAAGAAGCUGAUGAACUUGUUGAUAUUGACUGGAUUGUUAAGGAUCACAGUAAGUUGGAAGAAUUGAGUGAAGAUGGCAAAAUCAAUGAAGCGGUUGGGAAAAAUGAGGAGAACGUUGCUGCAUUUGGUAGAGCUUAUAAACCAAAUAUUGUGGCUGUACAAGUGAGUCAAUUAUCCGAGAAGCAGGAGGAAAGCUCAAACAAGCCGGAAGAAACUCAAGUAGCCUUUUCACAGGGUGAUGAUCAGAAAGUAAAAGCUGCACGUGAAAGAAAAUUUAAAAUUGAAGUUGAUAAUUUGCUGGUCGAGGAAAGAUUCAACUCUGCAAAUCAAGAGCAAGAGAACUUGCAACAUAGAGUUGUCAUAAAUCAUCCUUGUUUGGAUGAGCACUUGUUGAACUCCAGAGAAACUGGCAUCAACAUUGUGAAAUUAUCACACCAUAAAAAGGUCUCUCCUGCCUCGCAAAUGGCACACAUUUCUGAAGGCACAAAAGGAAUAACUUUUCAAGGUCAGAGGAAGGACAAUAUUGAAGGGUUGCAGUUUACCAUCAACAAGGAAGUUACUAAAGAGAAACUUUCACGUCAAACUGUUAGGAACUGGACUGAGAAUGGAAAGAGUGUUCUAGAAUUUGGAGAGAAACCAUCACAGACAGAUCAAAGAAGCACGAAGAAGAGCGGAGGAAUAGAGGAGAUGGCUUCAGGAGUAAGCAGGAUACCUGACGAGCUGGGGGACGAGUAUCUAAAAAAGAUGGAAGAAGAGAGGGAGAGAGAGAGGGAGAGAGAAAAGGACCGGAUGACUGUAACUCUUGAAAGGCCAUAUGCUGAAUCCCGACAACGUGUCUUUGAGAAGGCAAUGGCUGAGAAGGCUAUGAAUGGUGCACGAGAACGAGUAGAUAGAUCAUAUUCUGAUAGGUUUUCAGGGAAUGAUGAAAUGCGAACACACUAUUUCUCUUCUAAUAUUAUGGAUCACCAGAACCAGCAUGCCACAAAGUUGAGAUAUUCAUAUUCUGCCAAUGCGGGCAUUGAAGGCGAAACAGCUCAGAGAUGUAAAUCUCGAAUAGAGCGAUAUCAAAGAACGACUGAGCGUGCUGCCAAGGCUCUUGCAGAGAAAAACAUGCGUGAUCUUCUUGUUCAAAGAGAGCAACUGGAGAGGAAUAGAUUGGCCAAAGCGCUAGAUGCUGAAGUUAAGAGAUGGUCGAACGGGAAAGAAGGGAACCUGAGGGCAUUGCUAUCAACAUUGCAAUAUAUUCUUGGGGGCAAUAGCGGUUGGCAGGCAGUUCCACUAACGGACAUAAUAACCUCUGCAGCAGUAAAGAAAGCUUACAGGAAAGCCACACUUUGCGUCCACCCUGACAAAUUGCAGCAACGUGGUGCAAGCAUUCAACAGAAGUAUAUAUGUGAAAAGGUCUUUGAUCUUCUAAAGGAAGCUUGGAACAAGUUCAAUUCAGAGGAGCGAUAGUCAAAGGUCAUUAAUUAGUCAUUCUGCACCUUUAAUCUGUGAGAAUAGCAAAGUCAGGGAAGGGUACCUUUUUUAUUUCUCUUUCCUGCCAAUCUAUACUCUUUUAGUUUUGACACAAACCUUGGUAACCCUGCUUUAGCUCCUAAAGUUUUCAGUUUCGGGUAAGAAGAGGUAAAAAAAAUUGAACACGCCAGGGAGAAAUGUGGAAUAUGGAUACUACUCCCAUCUAAUGUCAUGUCACAGCAGCAAAAAUUGACCAUUGGUGGUCUGAUAUGUUCUUAUAUUUUUACUGAACCAUCAUGUUCUUCCACUUUCAUUAAUUUGUUCAUAAUGUCAACUAGUCAGCCCGGUGUAUCUUGGGUCUUAGUUUGUUGUUUAUUCCGGUGUGUUUAGUGUUUUUAUCUUAGCCUAUAGCUGUGUAGUUGCUAGUGUGGGUAUGUGUGGUUUUUGUCUCUUUGCUUUUCUUUUGUUGGUCGCUUAUUUUGUCACUAUUUGAAUCGAGUUUUUUUAGAAAUAAUCUUUCUAUAUUUGAGUAUGUUUAAAGUUUGUAUACACGUUCCUUCCCCAGACUUUAUUUUUUUUUU